GUGAGCGAUGUUGCUGUACGUUUUGGUAUUAUUGCUGGCACUGACAUGGGUUUACUUGAAAUGGUUAAGCGUGAAGCGGUAUUGGGCCGAUCGAGGGGUUGUACACGAGAAGCCACAUCCACUGCUGGGCAGCUUCACUUUCUUGCAGAAAGUUAACCCGGCGAUAUGGAUGCGGAAGAUAUACGACCGCUUUCCCAAGGAGCCGUAUGUAGGCAUCUGGGUGUUCUGGAGGCCAGGGAUCAUCGUAAACUCGCCAGAGCUGGCCCGCAGGAUCCUCGUGAAGGACUUCGACUGCUUCAGGAAUAGGUUGGCCGGCACCGACACGGGCAAAGUCGACCCAAUCGGGGGACUCAAUAUUUUCACAUUGAACGAUCCUGUAUGGAGUGCUAUCAGACGUCGGCUAACUCCGGUGUUCACAUCGUCAAAACUAAAGUCUCUCCACCAUCUAUAUUCCAGCAAGGCCAAAGAACUGACACAGAGGAUUGCAAAUGACAUUAAAAAUAAUAAAACUAUUGAACUUAGGAACUUGUACGUGGACUACACCACAGACGUUAUCGGUACCUCAUCGUUCGGCAUCAAGUUGGACACCGUGCUGACCGGCAGCAGCCCGCUGCGGUCCAUUACUGGAACCUUCAUGCACUACGGCGCCUUGAGGGGGCUGGCGUGGUGCAGCAUCUUUUAUCUGCCAGAACUUGCUAAAGUGUUCAGAUUCAACCUGUUCCCGAAGUCUUCAGUGGCAUAUUUCAGGAGAGUAUUCAAACAAAUAGUAGCUCAAAGAGGCGGAUACAACGGUAAAUCGGAGGAGAAUGACCUAUUAGAUGCCCUGCGCAAAAUAAAAUAUGAUUCGGACAAUAACGGGGAAGUCAUGGACGAAGACCUGGUGAUCGCGCAGGCUGCCGUGUUCCUCCAGGCUGGGUUCGACACUUCAGCAUCAGCUCUCACAUUCCUCACGUACGAGUUAGCCUAUAAGCCUGAAAUACAGGAAAAAGUGUACCAGGAGUUGUUGCAGGCCAAGAAAGCUCUCGGCGAUAAAGAAUUUGACGCCACUGUACUCAGUGAGCUAAUAUACUUCAAUUGCGUUAUUAAAGAGACUUUAAGAAAAUAUCCUCCUAUGGGUUGGCUGGACCGAGUUGCUGAGAAAAACUAUCGGAUCGACGACAAGCUGACCAUAGCCAAAGGGACCAGUGUGUACGUGAACUCUAUGGGGAUGCAGCAUGACCCGGACUACUACCCAGAUCCGGACCGGUUCGACCCGGACCGGUUCCUGCCGGAGAACGACGAUGGAAGCAGACCGUACAUGCCGUUUGGGGAAGGGCCUAGGAUAUGCAUAGGUAUGCGCUUCGCUCACCGCACAAUUUGGUAUGCAGCAUCCCAGAUUCUGCUGAACUAUCAUCUGCAACCGAUGCCGGGUACCAAAACCCCGGUUAGAUGCGAGGUUGACCACCGGGGGUUGAUUCUGGCCCCGGGAAAGGAGACUUACGUUAAAUUCGUGCCUAGAUCGUAAUAAUUG